AUGCACUUGGCAGACGUGCUCGCGUGUAUUGCGGUGCUCGCCGUGCUCGCGGUCUCGCUGCUGUCCAACGCUCUCGUGCUGAUCUGCUUCGCGUGCAGCCCAGAGAUCAGAAAGCGUGCAGCUGGCCUAUUUACACUAAACCUGGCCACGUGCAACCUGCUGCUCACCGUCACCAACAUGCCUCUCACAGUGCUCGCGCUCGCGGGCCACACGCAGCCAGGGGGUGACGGGCUGUGCCGCGCGGCCGCCUUCCUCGAGACCUUCCUGAGCGCCAACACCAUGCUGACAGUGGCCGCGCUCAGUGUGGACGGCUGGAUGGCGGUGGUCUUCCCGCUCAGCUACCGCUCCAGGGUGCGCCACCGGGAUGCCGCACUCGUGCUCGCCUACGCCUGGGCGCAUUCGGCGUGCUUCGCGGCGGCGGCUGCCUGUCUCUCCUGGCACGGCUACCAUGAACUCUACGCGUCAUGCACACUGCGUGGCACCGGCGUCGACCCCGCCGCCUUCAGCGUGCCGUUUGCCGCGUUCACCGUCACCUUCCACGCACUCACUUUCCUGCUGUCACUUGUGGUGCUGUGCGUCGCCUACCUUAAAGUGCUCCGAGUGGCGCGCUUCCACUGCAAGCGCAUUGACGUGAUCACCAUGCAGACCCUCGUGCUGCUCGUGGACAUUCAUCCCAGCGUUCGACAGAGAUGUCUGGAGGAACAGAGGAGGCGACGGCAGCGAGCAGCCAGGAAGAUCAGCACGUUCAUUGGCACGUUUGUGCUUUGCUUCGCACCCUAUGUGAUCACAAGGCUCCUGGAACUUUGGCCUGCAGUUCCUAUAAGCCAGCACUGGGGGGUGCUGUGUAAAUGUCUGGCCUACAGUAAAGCAGCAUGCGACCCUUUCGUCUACUCACUGCUACGGCACCAGUACCGGAAAGCCUGUGCUGACAUCAUCAACCGGAUCCUGAAACGCAGAUCUAUGAACUCCUCCGAUGAGUGGCAGCGAGCGAACGGCCCCAACACUGUUGUUCAGGCCAUGGAGCUACCGGGAACCCUGAAGGAAUGUACAGCAUAAAAAAUAUAUACAGUAUAAAAACAAGGAAAAAACGCUGGGUGUAAAGAUCAGGAGGAGCUUCUACGCACAAGAACCUUAGAGAUACCAGUCUAUUGGCGGGUUCCACGAAAAACGAUUCAAUGGAAAUUCCAGAAAGGGUUUCUACAGUAUUCUGGAAGGUUCUGGAGGGUCCUGUGUUGUUUAGCACUUCCAGAGCACUACAUUUUCUAAAUCUGAAGAUCUGUAGAGUUCUGAAGAGGUCCACAUACUGCAGUAGGG